AUGAAUCGGCCAACGUCUCAUCCAGGCAAGUCUUUUUACCAUCUGGAAUUGUCAGUCUCCAGCUCAUAGUUCUACAGUUCGUAACCUUGAUCUUCUAUCUCUUUUUUGGAGAAAAAGAGAGAGAAAGAUAGGCAUUUCUGUUUUUGCAAACCCAAUUCGGUCAGUCCAAAGACACCAACAACCUAUCAGAACUGUUUUGGGGAAUCUUUUUUGAAGUGUUUUAGAGUCCAGAAGAUUUGAGCUUUUCCUUGACACGCAGUGUUUAUACACAGGUCACCCGCGAAGUUUGUUUACGUAAUUCUAUCGACAUCGCAGUGACCAUUGUUUUGAAUUGACGUGGCACGAAGUAGUGUGGGGGCGAACGAAACAAAUGUUCCGCUGACCUCUUGACCCAUUUAAUUUCAGAACAACGACUACUACUCAUACGAGUAUCUGACGGCAACUAUGACGAAAACACUAAGCUAGUGGUCACCUCGUUCUUCGGCCGUCGCGAGGAUGCCAACAACAAUAGCACAUUGGUGGCAUCGCCGUCUUCGUGUGAUUCUUCCGACUUUCCCAUAUCCACACAUCAUGUAAAUAUUCAUCCGGAUGACGUCGUCAAGUUCUUCGACAAUUACCCCUCUUCAUACAUAUUCACAAAAGGGCCCGAGCCGAUUCGCCACGUUCUCAUUCCACUUUUCGUGCGAAAUGAGCUCUUCGUGCCGCAUCAGCUGCUCAACUACUACGAUAUCAGCCAUCACUACAACGAGUGCGACACCGAAGACGACGUGGCCGCUGCCAGGGCAAUUCUGGAUCUGAACGAAGGUUCGUAGUGUGGUGCGAUGACCGCGCAGAUAUGCGUGGAGGGAAACAGUCGCAUUGUGUGCGGGGGCGUCAAUGCAAUUGUUCCUCUUCUCGCGGACCCAUCCAUCUCAUUUCGGUGUCCUCGGACACGUCCGUUUCUCGGCCGCCGCUUCGGUCUCACGCGGUGUGUCCUGUCGUCGCCUUUUGUGCUCCAUUGUCAGUGCAAACAGUGCGUACCAGUCGAGGUGUCCGAGACUGUGAUGGCUCACCGCGCAGAGGCAAACAACGGCGAGAGACGGUCCGUCCGGGAUGAGAGACGCGGGCAGCAAUGAGGAACUUUUUGGCAUUUUUCGAGCGUGCAGCUGACAUACUUUGCGAAAAGGGAUCGAGAGAUAAUAGAGGGAUUUGUUUUUUGAUGACUGGAGAAAGGGGGCAGCGCUGACCCUCUGAAGAGUAUCAGUGAUUUGCAGAGAGACUCGACAAGAUACACCAACGAGUGGAGAUUGAAUACAGGCCGGCGCCGAUUCUUGAUAACCACGAGGUCGGCGUCGAUGGAGACAGCGUGGUUUGCAGGGCUCGCGGACUGCCCUGGCAGGCAUCCGAUCAACACGUCGCCCAGUUUUUCGCUGGUCUCGACAUCGUUCCGUGAGUGUUUUGCUGAAAUAAAUGUACAGAGAGAAAAGUGUGUUUAUAUUUUAAAAAAAGAUUAUUUUAAUUCUCGGCCCUGGUAGUGUGAGAACACACAGAUGUAUUUCAACGUUUUCGAGAAGGAGGGUAGAUUACAAAUUCUAAAAAGUGAAUCUUUGCAGAGGAGGAAUCGCCCUUUGCCUAUCCUCGGAAGGCCGCCGCAACGGAGAAGUGCUCGUCCAGUUUGCGAGCCAAGAGUCCCGAGAUCUUGCUCUCAAAAGGCACCGAAACUUCCUGCUCUCCCGAUACAUCGAGGUCUACAAAGCCGGUUUGGACGAGUUCCUGCACGUCGCCACAGGUGAGUCCGUGCCACGUUUCGGCAAGAGGGCAGCCGAUUAACGGUUCUCGCGCGCCCGUCCAAAUCUGUGUGAUGAUGGAAUCCCCCACGCAUUCACUUUCACACUUUUCGAUACUCUAUCGCUAUCGUUACGUUUCAAACCCUUUUCGCACGCCGGCUAUGGUAAAGUCUCCUUUCUGACAACCCGUAUUCAUCCGAAAAUGUCCCAUAACUCAGUGGUCUUGACAUCGCGUGGCAAUCCGGCCGUCUCCAUUGGUUGCAUUCUCCCCCCGUGAAAUGCACAUUCAUCUCGUCCGCUCCUCCAUUUUGUUCAUCCCGUCGUCCAAAAGCGACGGCUCUCUUCAAAGACAUCGUAUACCCGGUGUGCCACGUGUCACGACGGCUCGUUGACGAGUGUCAAUUAACCUCGAAAGCACACAAUCCGCGGGCCGUUUUGGCACCUCCCGGUCCGAUAGCGUAUCACCAAACAAAACCUUUCACGGAGAACGACGCAGUAUGCAAUAAAGCAUAAAUGGUUUCGGAGAAUUGUAUGGGGGCGUUCUCUUUUUAUUCAUUCCUGCCCAUAUUUUGCCCAUUUAUUCACUUCUUCUCGGUCCUUCGUAUCGAUAGUGUUGUGCUGUAUUCGUAGCUGUCUCACGAACUGAGCAAGCGUCGUCGGAGGGGCUCGCCUGCUGUCCAAACAGAACCCGGGCACUGAUGAACUGACUGAUGGAUGGAAAUAAUAUUGCGGGAGGAGGCCUACCUGCCUGGGAUGUGUCAGUUUCGAGACACUCCUCUGUCUUUCGAUCACGCUAUUUCGAAAACAAACCAGCCAAACAAAGUUUGCUGAACCUAAAAUCCCCCGUCUUUUUCUGUCACUGUUCCUGUCCCUGGUCGCUUUAGUCAAAAACCCCUCCGACCAAAUAGACUCUAUCUCUCUCUCUCUUUUUGCAGUCCUUCUUAGAUUCCCACCGAUUUGCAUUCGACACGUAGCUCGUGCUCUCUCCUUUUCCGUCGUCUCUCCGUUCCCCCGUUCCCCCGUUCUCACUUUUCUUUUUGUUUCGCAAAAAGCCAUAACUGAAUGCAAAUGAUACCGUAUCCCCAGUUUAUUGCCCCGUUGCAGCUCUCCGUGCCUCGUUGGCCACUCCGUUUUUGAUUUCAUCGCCCACCUCGGCCAUAAACGGACGUCCCGGGGCGCAGCGCUCCUCUUUUCAAUCGAAAGAGAGAAAGAGGAGCCGACUUUUAUUUUGUAUUUUCUGUGGCACAAUCACAAUAUCUCUGUGACGGCUCCUCUCUGAUGUUGGUAUACAAGAAGACGCCGCGUGGCGCCGCCCCCUCUGCCAACGCAUCUUCCGACCAUUCUGUGCUCUUCCCGAGGCUCCAGGCAGUCGUCUCAUAAAUCUCGGGUUUAACGCACGACCUUUUCCACGUUUUGUAUGAUUCAUUCUGAAAAAGUCAUGAAAAGCUCGCGUUUUCCGAAAUGUCAAGACGAGACCCUUUUCCCAUGCUUUUAUUGUUGCCUCGAUCGUCUCGUUCUUCUUCUCUUCUUCCUCGAAGACACCUCUUUCACGUGGCCUCAUCGUUCGGGUGGUGUCAGACAUCGCCAGUGUGCCUGAAUAAAUAAGCAGGGCAAGACACCAAUACAACGUGUUUCUGCGUAUAUUGUUGAUAAGUGUCCACUCUGUUAUCAUACUGAUUGAUUUUCACUCGUCGACUGGAAGUGUGCACUUAUUACGCGACGCUACGUGUUCUUCUGACUCAUUCCCCUGGUUGCAGGUUCCUCAACCGAAGCUAUGGAGUUCGUGAGCGCCAAUGCGGUGAUCGUUCGCAUGCGGGGACUUCCCUACGACUGCACCGACACUCAAAUUGUGAGUUGGAAAGUAGAUAUCAGCUCAUUCCUAUUUCUCCGUUUCAGAGAAGCUUCUUCGAGCCGCUCAAACUGACCGACAAGAUUCUGUUCAUCACGAGAACCGACGGACGCCCCACUGGUACUGUAAUCCCUUUUCUUCUCCCCUCCUAACCCGCACCUUUGCAGGCGACGCCUUCGUCAUGUUCGAAACUGAGGAGGACGCUCAGCAAGGGCUUCUGAAGCAUCGUCAAAUCAUCGGACAACGCUACAUCGAGCUGUUCAAGAGCACGGCGGCCGAAGUGCAGCAGGUCGUCAAGAGAUGCAACCUCAUCAACAGCUCCCCGGCCAUCGCCGCGGCCGUCGAGACUCCGGACGAGAAGAAGAAAGAAUGCGUCCGCCUGCGUGGAUUGCCGUACGAGGCGACGGUGAGUGGAUGAUUCGGGACAGGAAGGAAGUCGGAGGAGCAAGGGGCAUGACGGUGUUUUCUCUUUUCUCACCUGGGUUGCUCCCUCUCUGUUUUCGGCUAUUUUAUCUCGGCAAAUCGGGAUUCGUUCCUAGGCAAAUACACACGCAGAGCAGGUUGUUCCAAACAUCAGAUGAGGAGAGAAAACAGGUGAGAACACAGAGAGAUGAUGAUGAUGGAUAGACAGCUUCCGGUGGCCGAGCACAGUGAUUGAAAGGACUUAUUGCAGGUUCAACACAUCGUCACUUUCCUCGGGGACUACGCCGCCAUGGUCAAGUACCAGGGCGUGCACAUGGUGUUCAACAACCAGGGUAAUCCGUCCGGAGAGGCCUUCAUCCAAAUGGUCAGCGAGGCCGCCGCCGCCGCCACCGCCGCCGGAGUCCACAAUAACUUCAUGUCGGUCGGAAAGAAGAAGCGGUACAUCGAGGUGUUUCAGUGCUCUCCGGAAGAGCUCAACCUCCAUCGUCUGGUCAAUCAGGCCCCGAUUCCACAGCAGCCGCCGCUCGCAUUCCUUCCGCACGCCGGAAUUCUCCCUCCCGCUGCCCAGCCCCAGGCUCAGCAGUUCUGGUCGAGCUACCCGUCGCCGCCGAUCUCUCCGAUCGUUCCUGGACAGGUCACUCAGCUGGUCAUCUACGGGAUCCACAUCAAUAUGGGUGUGCCAGAGAUCGUCGCCAACUUUACCACCGCGGAGCACACUGUCGAGAAUGUGAGUUCCGAAUUGUGUUACUUCCCUGUUCAUCACUUCAGUUUCAGGUCAUGUUCACCCGUUGGCCGACUCCGAUUUGCACCGGAGAAGCCAUCAUCUCUCUGCGUAGCCGCGCGGCUGCUACGGCUCAAACGAGCCCGCUCUCUCAGAUUUCGGCUGCUCCGAGCUUCCCGCCAUUCGCUCAGCCACAGAACGCGUUCCCGCUCCAGCCGAUCCACCUGGAAUAA